ACAAUUCAUUUCUCUCUCCAUCUCUCAGCAAACAUUCCUCAAAGCUCCCAACAUUUCUCCUUCAUUCAUUUUUUUCUCCGCACGUUGUUUUGUUCUCUCAUUUUUUCUUUAUCUCAGUUCUUCAGAUUUUAUUAUUUUCCUUCAGUUUAUUCUAAUCAGUAACCAGUAAUCGGCAAUGGGGGAAUCGAAAGAAUCCCACGUGGUGGUCGAAAUCCCGGUCGACGAAGAACACAAGCGAAAAAAUCUCAACAACAACAACAACAACAUGGAGAUGGUGAUGUCGGCAAUCCACCACCACCCAUUAACGGAAAUCUCCCAAAGCCCCGGCCAUCUCCUCCUCCUCAAGCUCUGGCAGAGAGAGGAGGAUCUCUAUGGCCGCAGAAUUGCCCGUAAAGAAACCCGACUCGAGUCCACAAGACAAGAGAUCUUCCACCUCUGCUGCUCCUUCUUCCUCUUCCACGCCUUCUUCUUGAUCCUGCUCUUCACCUCUUCAAUCCACUCCAAGGAAGAGCAAGACCAUGUUUGUAAAAAAUGGUGGAUACCGGGUCUCCUAUCGGGUUUGACGUCGGUUUUUUUGGUGUCAUUGGCUCACGUGAAGCUGUUGAGGCUGUGGAAAGUGAGGCGGCAGCUUUUGAGGGAGAGGAGUGAUGGUAGGGCCUUGACUCGGUGCGUUAUGGAGCUGAGGAUGAAGGGAUCGAGCUUCGAUCUCUCUAAGGAACCGGUUUUCGGGGGGAAGAAGGCGAUGAAGAGCUCGAGCGUGGAGAUCAAGUGGAAGCCAAUCACUUGGUGCUCUCACUAUCUCAUUACCAUUUGCCUCGUUUGUUUUGCAGGCCUCGCCUUUCCCGCUCCCAAGCUCAUCCUUUGUGCUCUAUGACCUCGCCAUUUUUUUUUUCGCUCAAAGGACUCGGUUCUUCUUCUCCAAGAGCGUUCAGGCACCAGCAUGGAAUGGGGAAGUAUACGCUAGAGGCUUUUCCUUUUCAGAUGAGUAUAUUCUUCAGCAUCUUCAAAAGGGGAUGAAGCACUUUGGUCCGAUUAAUUUUUAAUCAUCUGGUUUCAAUUGCCGAGCAAAUUGAAUUGAAUAAUACUCGGAAAAUAUUGAUGCUGAUGAUGAGAAUUGAAUACUUUUGAUGUGCUAAAAAAGCAAAUUUUGUAGUAGUUGUUCAUCUGCCUUUUGAUUUGAUUCUUUUGUUUUUUUUUUUGGAAAAUUGUUUCGAUUCUUUUGGCAACAUACAUAUAUAUAAUAAGCUCAGCAACACACACACCGCUUGUGUGCUUAUUAUUAUUUUUGUUUAUUCUUCUUGCUUAAUCCCUGUUCUGU